AUGAAUUCCAUCUUGUGUUUAAUUGCUUUCAUCGGUAUUGCAAAUGCAGCUGUUUUGCCCUUUAAUCCAUGUGCAAACACAUUCUGUACAAUGCAAUUGAUUAUGUGUCCCGAUGGAAAGCCAGCACCAAUUCCAGUUGGCGGCUGUUGUCCAAGCAAAGCUGCAUGCCAAAAGCCAAUAGUUAAUCCAUGCGCAGCUGCUUUUUGUACAAUGGAUUUGAAAAUCUGUCCAGAUGGUUCAUUGGCUCCAGUUCCAGCUGGUGGUUGUUGCCCAAUUAAUCCAUGCGAAGGUGCUUUUUGCACAAUGGAUUUGAAAAUUUGUCCAGAUGGUUCAUUGGCUCCAAUUCCAGCUGGUAGUUGUUGCCCAAGUUUGAGUGCUUGUCCAACCGCACAAUCGAUCUCAAAACGAAAUAUCAAUCUUGGAUCACUCGGUUCAUUAUUAUCAGGAAGUAAUAUAUUAUCAACUCUCUCUGGAGCCACACAUGGAACUGAUUUGGGUACAGUGUUAUCAAUUUUAAACACAUUGAAUGCUGUUCAUCAAUUGGGUAAUGAUAUCCAUCACAUACCAGAUGCCAUUAAUCAAACUUUACAAGCCAUUUUAAACGGUACCAGUCAAGCUGGAGUUGUUCUUCAACAAUUACUCAAUGGAGGUCUAAAACCAUUAAGCGGAGGACAAGCAACAAGUCGUAAUUUAUUAGGUUCAUUAGGACAAAAUGCAAAUUUAUUAUCCAGUAUAACAAAUUUGUUACCUCAUGGAACAUCAUUAUCAACAAUAAUGACAAUAUUAAACUUAUUGGGAAAUGUUCAUCAAUUAAAUACAGUACAUUGGAGCCGUUCUGGAAAUCCUCCAACAAGAGGUGGCAAUAUAACACCUGCACCAGUUCCAGUGUUUGUACCAUUUGCACCAGUACCAGUGUUUGUGCCACCUGACCCAGUACCAGUGUUUGUACCACCUGAGCCUGUACCAGUGUUUGCACCACCUGAGCUUGUACCAGUGUUUGUACCAUUUGCACCAGUACCAGUGUUUGUGCCACCUGAGCCUGUACCAGUGUUUGUGCCACCUGAGCCCGUACCAGUGUUUGUACCACCUGAGCCAGUACCAGUGUUUGUGCCACCUGAGCCUGUACCAGUGUUUGUACCACCUACAUUAGUUCCAUUGUUUGUACCGCCUGCACCUAAUGUCCCUGUGUUAGUGUUUGUGCCACUGCCUGCUGCGCCGUAA